UGAUAUUUGAAUCGCAUGAUAGUUUAAUUAAUAAAAUAGAUUUCAUGAUUUUCUUACCAACGCAAUGAAGCCCCAAAGGUGACCAUUUCGUCACAUAAUCUGAAUGAAAGUUAUUUUGAGUAUGCAUGAAAAAGAACACGCAAACGUCCCCAAAAGAAUAUUUUCGCUACAUUUUCAUGUAAGAAUUAAAAAUAUUUCGUAAGUCCGAAGAGCACAUGAAGUUCAUAUAAAUACCAUAAAAUUGACAUUGCAAUGUUUAGUUUACUUUUAACUUUUGUGCUGGAAAGACAGUCCCAAAUAAAGGUGAAAAUGUCUGAAGCCUUAAAUGUACCCUGUUCAAGUUCAUAUUUUGAUAAAUCACCUGCUCAUACACCCACAACUGUAUUAAAAUCUUUGGAUUUAUUAAAUGUUGAAGGAACAAUUUAUCCAGUCUCGGGAAGAAGUACGCCUUGUAGUGAACAUUCUUCAAAUGUGACGACACCAGUCCGUUAUAAAACUAUUAAAAGUAAUCCUGAAGAUGUUCAAAGACGUAAAAGUUUAGUGGAUGUAUGCUAUGAGCAAUCAAUUUCUGACGAGUUUUCUCAAAUUCAAUUAAGUAUUAAAGAACGUCGUGGAAGUAAUGAUGCAAUAACUUUCGAUCCUUUGCAUGCACAUAAUAAACCAUUAUCCAUGAUAAGCUGUAAAACUGACACAGAAAAUAAAUUUGUUGUUACAAAGAUUAUUAACGACGACGAUGAGAUUGAAAUAAUAGAUCUGGAUGACGAUGAUGAUGAACAAUACAGAAACUAUUCGAGAAGUCACUCUCCAAUACCUCUCAGACAAAACUACUACCCUAAUUGUGAUGUGAAUGUUUGGCUUCGCUCGUGUGAACAAGAAAUUAUUAAACCAAUUAAUGGCAUUUUAAGUGGUUUUAUUCCAGCUUGGAUUAACGGAUGUUUGCUUCGUAAUGGUCCUGGUAGCAUAAAAGUUGGUUCAAUGACAUUUAAUCACCUUUUUGAUAGCUCAGCACUCCUUCAUCGUUUUAAUAUUGAAAAUGGAAAUGUUACUUAUCAAUGUCGAUUCCUCAAAACUGAUUCAUACAAAAAGAACUUGGCAGCAAAUCGUGUUGUAGUUUCAGAAUUUGGAACUGCUUGUGCGCCUGACCCAUGUCAGAGUAUUUUUCAAAGAGUCGCAACACUUUUCAAGCCAGCUGAUGCUAAUUCUGAUAAUGCCAUGAUAUCCAUUUAUCCAUUUAAUGAUGAAUAUUUUGCUUUUGCUGAAAGUCCAGUUAUACAUAAAAUCGAUAUUGAUACUUUGGACACGACGGAAAGAGUGAAUUUGCAUGAACGUAUAGGAAUUGUUAAUCAUACUUCACAUCCUCAUGUUAUGAAUGAUGGUACAGUUUAUAAUGUUGGAUUGACUAUAACAAAAUCAGGUCCUGCUUAUGGUGUAAUUUGUUUCCCAAAAGGAGAAAGAAUUUUUGAUGAUGCAAAAAUAGUUGCUGAAAUUCCGACUAGAUGGAAAUUACAUCCUUCAUACAUGCACACAUUUGGAAUUACAGAAAAUUAUUUUAUCAUCGUAGAACAGCCACUGACCGUUUCCGUUCCAUCGGUAAUAAAAUCACAAUUAAUGAACGAGCCAAUGAUAACAUGUCUCAAAUGGUUUCCUGAUAAGCCUACACUCAUUUAUUUAGUUGAUAGGAGCUCAGGAGAAUUGCGUCACACAUAUCAAACUGAAGCUUUCUUUUUCCUUCAUAUAAUUAAUCAAUAUGAACAGGAUGAUCAUGUAAUUUUAGAUAUUAGCUGCUACAAAGAUCCUGAAAUGUUAAAUUGUAUGUAUAUUGAUAGCAUGAAAAAUAUGCAAAGUAAUCCUGACUAUGCACGUCUAUUUCGUGGACGACCUUUGAGAUUUGUUCUCCCAUUAAAAUAUCCUUCAAAAAUGAAAUCUUUAUCAAACUUUUUCUCAUGGAAUUGUGAAGCUACAGCUGACACAUUUAAUGUUUUUGAUAAUAAUCUUGUUAAGUUGAAAAAUUCAAGUGCUUCUGCAUUUUUACUUCCUGAUGGUUCUAUAUUUUGCAAACCUGAGCUUUUAUGUAAUUUAGGAUGUGAGACACCUCGAAUUCAUUAUGAAAAGCAUCUUGGUAACGACUAUCAAUAUUUCUAUGCUAUAAGCUCAGAUGUUGAUGCAGAUAACCCGGGAACUUUGAUAAAAGUUGAUGUCCACAAUAAAACAAGAAUCACUUGGAGUGAGAAAAAUGUUUACCCAAGCGAACCAAUUUUCGUUCCUUGUCCAAAUCCACAAACAGAAGAUGAUGGCAUUAUUUUAGCCUCAAUGGUUUGGGGUGAAGGUGACGAGAAUCAUGUUGGACUACUUGUACUUGAUGCAAAAGACAUGACUGAAUUAGGAAGAUGUGAGUUCAAAGAUUUGCCAGGUCCAGUUCCAAAAUGCCUUCAUGGAUGGUUUGCUGAAAAAAAAAUAAGGAAUUCAAGUGAAUAAUAUGAAAUGUUUAAAGAUUCACGCAAAAUGCUUUAUUAUUAACAAUUGCAAUAAAAAAACAAGCUUACAAACAUCCUUUAAUGUGCAGCAAAAAUAUAUUCUUUCAAUGCAUGACUCUAAGAUUAGUUUUAACAGGUUUAUGUACAUUACGCCUGGUUUUCUUUUUGAGAUUUUUUAUAAAUACUUUAGUGAGUGAGCUUUUGCAUCCCAUUCCUAUUUCUAUCAAACAUAUAGUUGCUGCUGCCGCUAAACCUACAAUCCAAACAGUAAAAAUGGCUGAUAGUUCAUGAAAUUUCAAGGGCUUGCUUGUAUUUUCUCGAGUUGAGAUAUGAAUGUGUUCCGUAUCAACAAACUCAUCAAGAAUAUAAUUAGUAAUGCCAAAUUCGCGAAACCAUUCAAUCUUUUCACUUAAAUGAUCGGCAAGAAAAUGAUUCUCUUGAAGAUAAAACACCAUUUGGUUCGUAACAAAUCGUUCUUUUAGUAUCAAAUAUGAAUAAUCUUUCAUGUGAAUUAAAUUUGCAUAUAUUACUUGUGGCUCAUAGCUAAAAACUACACCAUCAAAAGAACUUUCUAAUGUUUUGUGUCUAUAAAGUUCAAUUUCAGCAUUUUU